GGCUCCAGCACGCCCGCGACCCUGGUGAGGAGAAGCAGAACGGAAGAUGAGUUAAUGAAUAUUUACUGUAAUUCUGACUUUUAUAAGCCGAACUGCUUUAGCGUAGGCUAGUGAUAAACUAUUCGGACUUAAGUACUACAGUGGUGAUAAACUACGACACAUUGCGAUUUACGUACAUACAGUGGCGCUUAAGCCAUCAGAGUAGGGACCGAACUGUGUCGUAAACCGAGGACCCCGUGUAAGCGUCAAGUGGUUCUUCCUCCUUUUCAAUUUGCACUUUGUCUAGCGAAGUGAUUGUGAGUUUCAAGACUGGGUGCGGCUUCCUGUUGCUGCGCAUGUUUGUUUCUCUCUUGUUACUGCUCCUGAAUGCGAAAGAAAACAGUUGGAGCACUCAACCGAUUAAACAAGCGAACAAGCGAAGAGCUUCUGUUAAAGAUCAGUAAAGACUUUGGACGUUCCGCCGCCAUGUGCUUUACGGAGACUUGGAUUUGCGACGCUGUACCCGAUGGUGCCGUCAUGCUUCCCAGCUUCCAUAUUCAUCGAGCAGACCGCGACAUGGAAUCAUCGGGGAAAACAAAGGGCGGCGGGAUAUGCUUCUAUAUCAACGAAAAAUGGUGUACGGACGUCACAGAGCCCAGCCCACACUGCAGCCCGCAUUUGGAGUACUACUUUAUGGGGAAGCUUGUCUGCCAGAACUCGAGCUCCUUCCUUGAGUGUCUGCAGGGGAGCGUCAUCCGCAUUCAGUCGGCCUUUUACGGACGGAGGCGUGACGACGUCUGUUCAGCUGAGGAAGGGUCAGAGGGGAGAUGCGUGGUGCAAGGCGUCCUCCCUCACUCCAGGAGAAAAUGUGACAACUAUCAGGAUUGCUACGCUAACCCUUUGAAUGAAGACAUCUGCCCUGCUGUUUAUACCUGCCCAAAUACCUGGAGAUUGUUUACAGCUGUGAACAGAAAGGAGUGGCUACACCCCGACAAAGCCCGCCUCAACAGACACGGCUGCUGGAAGCCGUCAUUCGAGUCCCCCGACAGCUGGAUCCAGGUGAACCUCGGUCAGCCAAGAAAGGUGACAGGGAUCGUGACACAAGAAUGUCGUAGUAGUUCUCCUUUGGCCGUCAUAUUUGAGAUGCAUCAUUGUAUUGACGGAAUGAACUGGAUGAAGCACUCUGACGGGUACAUUCGCCUCCUGGUGGUGGGUGGUGAAAAAGAUGAUGAUGUUGUCCUCCGCUUUGACAUCUUGGGAUGCACGCCUGACGAUGCGAUCGCCUGUCCCAGUAGGUUCGCCAGCCUCAACUUCAUCAGCGAUCCGAUGACGGUCCACUGUCCUGCAGGUUGAGCCAUAUCCAACCAGAGCGUCUUUGGAACGAUGGUCUAUGCGGCGGACUCAAACAUCUGCGCAGCCGCUAUUCACGCUGGCGCCAUUUAGAACAGCACGGGAGGAGACUGUACUUUGCUUAAAGAUCUGGAUUACCUCUAGACAGUGAGGGGCACCGCAGUCCAAUUUAAGAGGCUGGGCUUAUGAUCUUUUUCAUAUCUGCAGCUAUGACGGCGAAACAGCAGUCUUACACUUUUGCAGGUUGGUGAGGUGUCCAGAAAAUAAAAGACUCCUUCCCCUCUGGACACACAAACUGGAUGAGCGUCCACCAGCCGGAUUGCAAAAAAUCGAAUCCACGGCCUGCGAAGAAUCGUGGAUGUGAAGUUGCGGAAUGAUACUCUGCUGUGAGAUCAUCUUGGAGGCUGAUUUGACAACAUCAUCGCAGAAAUGCCACUUCCUGUCUGGAUAUCAUCAUGCACAUGUAUUAUUCUAUAAUUCUUAACAUGACUUUUUUUUUUUUUUGCAACAAAAAAAUUCACAACUGCCAUCUCAAUGUAAUUUAACACUAUUCUGCCCUCAGCUUUGUGAUGGAGACAGAUUAGUUAACAUGAGGGUGAAUGUCUCCUUGAAUGAUAUCUCCAAACGUUUGUUCAGGAUUGAUGAUUCUUUGUUCCUCCUGUUAUUUCUUUUUUUGUCUUUGAGUGAAAUAAACAAA